AUGGAAAACUCUGAAGGCAAAUUCGUCGACCUCUACGUCCCCCGCAAGUGCUCUGCCACCAACCGUCUCAUCACUGCCAAGGAUCACGCCUCCAUCCAGCUCAACGUUGCUGAGGUCAACGCUGAGGGUCGCUCCACCAAGGCCUUCUCCACCUACGCUCUCUGUGGAUUUGUCCGCAAGAACGCCGAGGCUGAUGAUUCCUUGAACCGUCUCGCCACCCAGGAUGGUUUCCUCAAGAACGUCUGGUCUUACCAGCAGUAAGCAGACAGUAAUUGUCCAACCCCAUAAAAAUAAAAAUCAUUUCAAAAUAUAUAAAGUUAUAUAUUUCUUAGAUCUGUCAAGUAUAUAUCUACAUAUAAAUAUAUUAUGUCUGUGUGUGUAUUUUUGAAUUUUUUGAAAAACAAAACAAAAAGCAAUAAG